GAAAUAAGCAAACAGAGAGACCUCGGUGAGGAAAACGACGAAGAAGAAGUGCAGGAUACUAAAAAAAUAUUUGGUGUCUUUAGCAGAGAGAGUCUAACCAUGCUUGGAGUUGGAGUCGGUGUGGUCGUAUUGCUGGCGGUCAUUACAAUAGCUUCUGUUGUUGUGACUUCACAAGCAGACACUACUGGGCCUGUUCAGCCUUUUCCUACCAGUGGAGACAUGCUGGAUUAUCUUGUCCAAAAUGGCGACAUCCAGGAGCGAGAUGCCCUACAUGUCUCAUGGUACCACUCUGCCAACAACAAAUCUGAAUUGGACAAAGCCUUGAAAAGCACCGCCAUGGUUCUGGAGGCUGACGUAAACGUGCAGGGACACAACACCGUCAACGAGACAGAGAUCCCCAUUAUGGCUCACCCCCCUGAUGUUUACAGCGACAACACUCUAGAGGAAUGGCUGGAGUCAGUGCUCAAGUCCAAGAAAGGGAUCAAACUGGAUUUCAAAAGCAUUGAGGCAGUGCAGCCGUCACUGGAGAUUCUGCGAAAGAGAAAUCAAACAGGGAUAAACCGUCCAGUCUGGCUGAACGCAGACAUCCUCCCUGGUCCUAAUGUCCCGAGCUUUUGGCCUGUUGUCAACAGUACAGCGUUCUUGGGCCUCAUCCAAAGCGAAUUCCCGGAGGCCACGAUCUCUCCGGGGUGGAAGGUCCUCUACCUGCCUCUGACCCCGUCCUACACGCGCGCCAUGGUGGAGAAGAUGUACUCUCUCAUCCGGCACGUCCCCCAGAGGGUCACCUUCCCUGUCCUGGCCGUCAUGGCCAAGCAGGCCUGGCCCCACUUCAGCUGGCUGCUCAGCCAGUCCAGCAGGUUCAGCCUCACUCUCUGGCAGGGGGCGGAGAAUCCCAGUGUAAACGAUCUGCUCUUCAUCCGGGACAACAGUAACCCACAGCGCAUUUACUACGACAUCUAUGAGCCCGGCCUGUCGCAGUUCAAAGCAGCUGCUCUGCAGAAGGGGAGACUUAGGCGGUUCUACCCUGGAGGAGACCUGGUGGACUAUUUCAAACCUGAGAACAGGGACGGGAUAAACAUUGGGUGGGACUGGGUCAGUGACAGAGCCUCCCUCCAGUCCCUGCUCAAAGGUAGCAGGGGUGGGAUGCUAGUCAUUCCGAUUGGAUCCAAAAAAGACCAGCCAGAGGUUCCAGUGCUGGAAAACUCCAGUCCAGAGAUUUCACUCCAGGAAUGUCUUGCCCUUGUCUCAGCCUCCCCUACGCUCCACGGCCUCUACUUCCAGGUCAAGUCUCAGACCAUCCUGACCCCUACGCUCCACCUACUCAACCAGACCUACAACGGAGACCUCCUGUACCGACCCACCUGGAUCAACAUGAACGUGUCCCACGGAGCUUUCGAGACCCCCGGCUACAUCACCGGCGCAGAGUUCCUGGACACGGUCGACCGGGUCUUCCCAUACGUCACCCUGGCCCCAGGGUGGCCCCUGGAGGCCCUGAGCGAGGGUUACACCCAGCCUCUGGUGGAGGACAUGAUCCGGCUCUUCCGGGGGGCCUGGCAGGACGUGUCCCUGCAGUUGAGGGCGGUGCCGCUGGGGAGGUCGUACCCGGGCCGCCGGCGCCUUCUGGAGGCCCAGCCGCGGUUCUCCCUCACCGUCGAGCACGGGCCCGACCAGGGCGGCUACAACUCGGGCUUCAUGGGCCUGAUCUCGGUGCGAGGCGGGGACAUUCACCGGAGCUUCUACAACAUGCCCGCAGGCUACAAGGCCCAGCUGUUUAUGGAUGUGUUCACCUCCUAGAACAAGACCUACACUCCAACUGCUGUGGUCCUCACUCCUGGUCCCGGAGAGCCGCAGGAUGUGCCGGUUUUCAUUGUUACUCUGCACUUAAUUGAUCAAUUCAAAGCAGUUAAUUACACGGUUAACUCGUCUCACCUGGUUUCUUGGGUCUGAAUUGGUUGCUGAUUUUAAGGCGAA